GAGUUGAUUAGAUUAAGUGAGAUUGUUUAGGGUUGAGUGGGUUGAGUUGAUUAGAUUAAGUGAGAUUGUUUAGGGUUGAGUGGGUUGAGUUAGGGGUGAUGGUUGGGUUCCCUUUUAUCUCUCUCUUUCACGUCUCUUCGCUUUUCGCACGUUUGUUCUCUUUCAUGUCCCUUUCUUAUUUCUGUCACUUUCUCAGUUUUAUAUCUUUCAUCUCUUUCUUUCUCAUCUUUCUCUUUUCGUCACUUACUUUCGUCACUUUCUCGUCCCCCCUCUUACACACACACAUCCCGAGACAUUAUCACACACCGUUAAACGCCCGAUGAGGCGAUCGUCCCGUUCAUACACUGAUAUAUUCAAGGCCACGUGGUGCCGCUGGAGUCGCGCGCCGCACUUCCCCGGUCUGUGCGCGUGAUUCCUGCGGAGCGCUCGAGCACUUUUCCUCCCCACGUCCCACCUCCACGUGUUGCGUCGCGGGUGUUUUUCGGUUCCUUAUCCGCGUGGCUCGGGGAGGGAAGUUUUUUUUGGCGUCUGCGGGAUUUCGGAUGCGGGGAGCAGGGAACCGGGACCGAACCGGGCUACAGUGUCGAGAAAAAGCGAUCAAAACAGCAGAUCAACCGGAUCCUGUUGAAGUGCACGAGGUAAGGGGGCGCCAUGCCGGCUGCUGCUCCCCUGCUGCUCCUCCACGCCAUCUGCUGGUGGCCAUUGGUGCUGUUCCUACUGUUGCCCCCCCUGCCCCUCUUUGCCCUCACCAACCACCCGACCUUCAUCUCCCUCCACGACACAAGCCUUAACCACCUCUUACUGGACUCCAGCUCAGGCUCUGUCUACGUAGGUGCAGUUAACACACUCUACCACCUCUCCCCUGACCUCCAGCUCAUAUCAUGGGGCAAAACAGGGCCCACCCUGGACAGCCCCGACUGUUUGCCCCCGAUUGAGCCUAAAGACUGCAGCCAGGCACGUCAGACCAACAACACUAACCAGCUGCUGUUGUUGGAGAAACAGGAAGGGUCACAAGCACAGAGCCUGAUAGUGUGUGGCACUGUGCUGCAAGGCAUCUGUGAGAAGCGCAGCCUGGCCAAUGUGUCCCAGGUGCUGUACCAAACAGCCAAUCCCGUGGACACGCAGUAUGUAGCUGCCAAUGACCCUCACGUCUCCACCGUGGCUGUGCUCACUCAGCACAAGGGCACACGGCUCAUGCUUGUGGGACGAGGUUACACUAGCAAAGGAUCCGGCGGAAUUUCACCAAUCACGCUGCGCCGCCUCGAGCCGUCCCAUUCCUCUCCUGCGUUUUCACACGAGGAACUGGGUAAACUUGUAGUGGGAAGUUACUCCAAAUACAACAACCAGUUUGUAAAGGCGCUGCACCAUGGCACACACAUUUAUUUCCUGUUUUCACGGCGCUAUUCAUUGAAAACACGCGAUUAUCAGACAUACAUAUCGCGCCUUUGCGCCGGAGACUCCAGCUUUUAUUCGUAUGUGGAGGUACCACUGAGUUGCGCCGGAGGCUACAACCUGGCACAGGCGGCCGCGAUGGGAAAUUACCUUGGAAAAGACACCAUCUUUGUCGCCAUGGCGGCAGGGCAGGCGUCGACCCCCACUCCCACGAGCCGCUCGGCUCUGUGUAUGUACAGCAUGGAAGAGCUGGAUCGGGCGCUGAAGCAGGCACAGCUUCUGUGCUACACACAGGAAGGAAACGGAGACAAAGAGCAGGAGGCCUACAUCGCGUACGAGGUCUCCUCCAAGUGCCUCAAGAUUCCUUUGACAUCUGUAUCCGAGUACCCGUGCGGAGGCGAGCACACCCCUAGCCCCAUCGCCAGUUCAGUGCCACUUCAAGCCACGCCCGCGAUCACAUGGGAAACGCAGCUCACUGCUGUCGCCGUAGCAACUGAGUCUGGCCACACCAUUGCGCUCCUGGGAGAUAAGAGUGGACAACUUUAUAAGGUAUUUGUUCAUGUGAAUGGUUCAGGUUCUCAGUAUGAGAAGGUGGACGUGGACCCAAAGAGCUCCGUUAACGCUGACAUCCUGCUGGACUCCACCUUGCGCAAUGUUUACGUCAUGACUGAAAAGAAGGUAACACGUUUGCCCAUGUCUCAGUGUGAAAGGCAUUUAGACUGUCAUUCAUGCCUUUCUGUCCGAGACCCCUACUGCGGAUGGUGCUCACUAGAGGGCAGGUGUACACGGAAGCUAGAGUGUGCCCGUCAUUCACAGCCUCACCACUGGCUGUGGAGUUACGGUCAUGAUCGGCAGUGUGUGUCCAUCCAGAGUCUGGAUCCUGCCAUUCAGAGCCGUGAGGAGCAGACACAGGUUUCUUUCACGGUGCUGCCGUUGCCAGCGCUGUCUAAGAACGAGUCUCUGUCUUGUGCUUUUGGAACUUUGCCCGCCGAACCUGCCGUCGUGGACGGGAACAGAAUCACCUGUCAAUCGCCUCCACCUAGACUCCUCCCCCCGAGUCCACGAGGCAGCGAUCACAUGACUAUCAGGCUUGCACUGAUGUUUGAAAAAGUCACCGUCUCGGACACAAAUAUCACUUUCUACGACUGCAGGGCUGUGGGCAGGCUCAACGCUACCUCGCCGUGUAUGGCGUGUGUGAGCAGCGAGUGGCCGUGCCGCUGGUGCGCUUGGGAUGAACUCUGCACUCACAACCGCAGCUGCCCCCAGCAACACAUCAUCUACAACAGCAGAGAGACGUCAGAACCCCGCGGUGCAGACGCAUGCCCGUGCGUGUGGGCUUUGGAAAGUUCCUCUUUGAUUCCGGUCGGAGUUGAGACACAGCUGUUACUGCAGGGCAAAAACCUGGACAUUUUUAAGGGCGACGAGGAUUACCAGUGUGUGGUGGUUAUCGAGGGCCAGGAGACACUAUUACACGCCACCCUGGACAGGAGCAAAGAGACGGGCACACAUGUGUUCAAGUGCGCCGCUUAUAAGUUUCAGUACACAAUCAGACAGAUGGAGUACUUGGCUCCGGUGUACCUACAUAGAGGCGCUCGGCGUAUAGAUUCGGCUCCACACCUCCGCUUGCAGCUGUAUAACUGCUCGGUGGGUCAGUCAGACUGCAGUCAGUGCCGUGCCGUGCCGGAGCAGUACGGCUGUGUGUGGUGCGGGGGAGAAAGUCCACGUUGUGUGUUUCACGAGUCCUGCACAAGCAUCACCGAAGAAGCCUGUCCUCCACCGCUCAUUACUGAGGUGUGGCCACUUACAGGACCGUUAGAGGGAGGGAUUUACCUCACCAUCCUGGGCUCUAACUUGGGUCAGCGUUACGAGGACAUUGAGAAUGGAGUCACGGUGGCCGGAGUCACCUGCAAGCCACUGCGCAACGCUUACCUUAUAUCAACCCGGAUCAUGUGUGAGCUUCAGUCCUCCCUGAAUGUGACAGCAGGGCCUGUGGUGGUUAGCGUGGGGAGCUCGAUGCCGGGACGUUCCCAGCAGACCUUUACCUACCAGAACCCCGAACUGAUUCGCAUCGUGCCCAGUAAAGGCCCCAUGGCGGGAGGCACCAGAAUCACCGUGCAUGGUGCUAAGCUCCUCACAGGGCAAAGCACUGACCUGCACGCAUUUGUGGGCUCGCAGCUUUGCCACAUCAUGGAUGAAUAUUUGAGCGAUACCCAGUUGGUCUGCCGCACCAGCCACUCGAACCGAACCGCACAAGUUCCCGUCAUAGUUCAGUUCGGAAGAGCAGAGAGGACUGUGGGUAACAUCCGCUUUCACUAUCUCGAGGAUCCCGUGAUCACUGAUGCGACUCCUACAGAGAGCUUCUACGGUGGUGGGCGUAAUAUAAUGGUAUCUGGCCAGAACCUGGAUGUGGUCCAGCAGCCAAUGAUGUCCAUCCUGUAUGAGACCAAAGUCAGGAGACGGCGAUACAGUCACGCCUCGGCCCAGAACAGCACCAUGGCAACGACAAAGACCCCCUGUGUAAACGUUACUUCAGAGCAGAUGAGUUGUCUGAGUCCCAGAGUACCAAAGGACUCUCGCAUCGUGAGAGUUUGGUUCGAGAUGGACAACGUGCAUUUGGAUUUUAAGAGCAUAAAAGGCACCGGCUUUACAUAUCAUCCAGACCCAGAGUUAUACAGCCUGAACCGCGAGGACCCCAAGUUACCUAUCCGCUUCAAACCCGGAGGAGUCCUCGCUGUGGAGGGGAAAGGUCUAACUUUGGCCAUGAGUAAAGAGGAGGUGGUGGCUUUGCUCGGAGAUAAGAUUUGUGAUGUGAAGACUCUGGACGAUACACACCUGUACUGUGAACCUCCAGAGGAGCAGCCACUCGGUUUGGACAGCGGAGACCUGCCCAGGCUGAAGGUUGUAAUGGGGCAGUUGGUGUUUGAUCUGGGCACAGUGGAGUAUGACAUGGGCACUCACACACCCGUACCCCUGGAGGCGCAGGUCGGGCUGGCAGCAGGAGCAGCCGUGGUCGUGCUCAUCGUCCUUGUCAUCAUCCUGAUGUACAGGAGGAAGAGUAAGCAAGCAAUGAGAGACUACAAGAAGGUUCUGGUCCAACUGGAAACUCUAGAGAUCAAUGUUGGAGACCAGUGCAGGAAGGAGUUCACAGAUCUGAUGACUGAGAUGAUGGAUUUAAGCAGCGAUGUCGGUGGUCCUGGGAUACCAUUCCUGGACUAUCGCACAUAUGCCGAACGUAUUUUCUUCCCCGGUCAGAGAGGGGCGCCACUGAGCCAGAACCUGGAUCUGCCAGAAUCUCGCAGACAGACAGUGGAGCAAGGCCUGGGCCAACUCAACAACCUACUCAGCAACAGACUCUUCCUCACUCGAUUUAUCCACACCCUGGAGGAGCAACAGAACUUCUCCCAGCGGGAUCGCGGCUACGUGGCGUCACUUCUCACUAUGGCGCUCCACGAUAAGCUGGAGUACUUCACCGAUGUCAUGAAGACCCUGUUGGGAGAUCUGGUGCAGCAGUAUGUUGCCAAAAAUCCCAAGCUGAUGCUGCGCAGGACUGAGACGGUGGUGGAGAAAAUGCUCACCAACUGGAUGUCCAUUUGUCUCUAUUCAUUCCUAAAGGAGGUAGCAGGUGAGCCGCUGUACAUGCUGUACAGAGCUAUAAAGUACCAGGUGGACAAAGGCCCAGUGGAUACAGUGACGGGUAAAGCCAAGCGCACCCUUAAUGACAGCCAUCUACUCCGAGAGGACAUAGACUACUGCUCCAUGACUCUGACAGUGCUGGUAAAGAACGGAAUAGAAGUCCAGCCCUGUCCUGUUAAGGUUUUGGAUGUGGACACCAUCACCCAGGUGAAAGACAAGAUCCUGGACCAGAUCUAUAAAGGAGCUCCGUUUUCUCAGAGGCCCUCGGCCGAUUCACUGGACCUCGAGUGGCGUUCAGGGCAGGCAGGUCACCUGACCCUGUCUGAUGAUGACGUCACAGGCAUAGUGCAAGGUCACUGGAAGAAGCUCAACACUUUGCAGCACUACAAGGUGCCAGACGGCGCCACCGUGGCUCUCAUCCCUCGUUCAAGCGCCGGUGUCACAGGCAUUAAUCAGAUCUUCCAAACUGGAGAAAAGACACCCAUGUUAGAGGGGGAAGAAGACGAGGGUCUCCGUCUGUGGCACCUCGUCAAACCGAGCGAGGAUCCCGAAAUCCCCAAACACAGAAAAAGCAGCAUGAGAGAGCGAGAGCGUGCCAAAGCCAUCCCAGAGAUCUAUCUCACAAGGCUGCUCUCUAUGAAGGGGACUCUGCAGAAGUUCGUGGACGACGUGUUCGUGGCCAUCCUGAACACCAAGCGGCCUCCGCCGAUCGCCGUCAGGUUUUUCUUCGAUUUCCUGGACGACAUGGCGGAGAAACACGGCAUCGACGACCCAGAGACGGUGCACAUAUGGAAAACUAACAGCUUACCUCUGCGUUUCUGGGUGAACAUCCUGAAGAACCCUCAGUUUGUGUUCGAUGUGCAAGUAACAGACAGCAUAGACGCCGUCCUGUCCGUCAUCGCUCAGACUUUUAUCGAUUCCUGCACCACCUCCGAGCACAAAGUGGGACGGGAUUCGCCUGUGAACAAGCUGCUGUACGCCAGAGAAAUCCCCCGAUACAAACAGCUAGUGGAGAGGUACUACAGUGAUAUUCACAGUGCCGCAUCAGGAUGCUAUCAGGAGAUGAACUCCAUGCUCACCGAGUUAUCCGGGAGCUUUGCUUCAGAGAUGAACAGCUUGGUGGCUCUGCACGAGGUUUAUAAAUACAUCAACAAAUAUUAUGAUCAGAUCAUCAUGGCUCUAGAGGAAGACCACGCAAGCCAGAAGAUACAAUUAGCCUACCGGCUACAGCAGAUCGCCGCCCUGGUGGAGAACAAAGUCACUGACCUUUGAACCUUUGUCUUGUCCCCUGACCCAGCGGUGUAGGGUCUUUGACCAGCUCGGCACGGCUGACAGAAGCCAGCUCAUCGUCACGUGAAAUCCGAUCGUGCCGAAACAUCUGAUUCCCCCAGCAUCCCUUCGCCUGCUCCUGCACUUACUGCUUCAGUCUUCAGGGAGUUCUUAACCAAAGGGAAAAGAAUGAGUGAGACUGAAGCUUCAGUUAGAGUGUGUGAGAGAGAGAGAGAGAGAGAGAGAGAGAGAGAGAGAAGAAAAAAAGCACAUAGCCAUUUUUGUCUGCUAAGCACAUCGAACUGUUUUUCUACCGUCACACGCUCUUCUGUGCUCGUACGGCGUCCGACACGAACGAGAUUUCGUACGCGUUUGUGUGUGUGUGUGGGAAUCAGAAUCAGAUUGUCGACUCUGUAGCUUUAUUUAACGUAGCAUUUGUGUGAUUCGUUUUUCAGUUUUGCAAACCGCUUUUUAGAUUAGCAGUUAUUAAUGACCUACUCCUUCAUAUCGAAUUAUAAAUCACAAGCACAAGUGCCAUAACAAGUGCAGAAACAGCACGGUUUAUUACAGCACAAGGUGUGCAUGUGUUUGAGCAGCUGUGUGUGCGUUUGUGUGUGUGUCCGUGUGUGUGGCUGUGCCGUGUGUUUUUGUUUUUUCUUCUUUCUUUUUUUUUUUUUUUUUUUUUUUGGACGAUUGCAUUUCAACAGCUUCAUUUAGACGAUUUGUCCGGCUGAAAUAAUAGCUUUCUUUAAAAAAAAAAAAAAAAGAUUAUUAUUACGUUAUUACGACCUUAAUAACAAAGCAGCGGUGAAAUAUUCGAGUGAACAAAAACGAAGAUGCUCAGCAGACGGUAUAGUGGGGCUGAGCGAUUAAUCGUGCCAUCAUGAAUUCUAUGUAUAAUGCAGAAUACAAUAUAGAAAAUGUCAAGCGAAACUGACACAAAUAACGCAGUAGAACGAAACAGUUUCCGUGUCGAAGUAUCGAAAAUAACCGUGACGAUCAGUGUGUCUGAUUUGUCUUCACCUCAUGAUGCAGGUGGUUCAACAAUUCAGCCUGGUUUAGGGACGAGAAUAAGUGGGACGCUUUGUUGCUGACUGAACUGAGCCUUGGCACUGAGCUCAGAUGUUUUUUUUUAUUUUUAUUUUUAUUUUUUUGACGAAACGGACCGAGGAGGUUCUGUAGGCGGGGACGUGGAGGCGUUUCUAGACGAGCUGAAAGGCGAUAAGGGCGAGUGGGCGGAGCCACUGGGCAGGAGCCGGUGUGGAAUACGUGCAGACACGGAAUAGAAGAAACUAACUUAUUUUUACUGUAAAUAGCACUUAUUUAUACAAGAUCACCAAACGUGCCUUGUUUGUAACCUUUAAUAACGAUUACCGACUCCAGUAUACAGUAUAUUGACGUUAUUUGCCAAAUAGAGAGGAGGAAAGUGCCACAUGAUUCGAAAAGACAAACUCUGGCCUGGACAGACUCUGUUAUUCACACCACUUCUGAGUUGUUGUUGUUGUUGUUGUUGUUGUUGUUGUGGAGAAACUGUCUGGAAGUUUUCUGUCUCAGGAUGUAUCACAGCUGCCCUUCUCUGUAAUGUCAGUAUUGCUCAGUGCUUGACAGCAUACUUCAGUGUACACCGUUCUGAAGUGUUCAGUCUUCAGGCUCAUGUUUUCUUUCCUGGUUUCUGCGAUGCGCGUGUAAAUAGAAACAAAUCUCGGACUGUAAUCGCGUGUGAAUUUCUGUUUUUCCUGUAGCACCUUGCGUUUACAUUAUUUUCUGUCGCUUUAUAAAUCCCUGCUUGUGUGUUUCCUGUUUGCUUGAACAGGGUGUGUGAGUGUGAGUGUGUGUGUUUGUGUGCCAUCAUGCCACUCUCGUGUACAGUGAAAGAAUCCUUGGCACCCAGACAAAAGACUAAAACACACACCUACAUGUAUAUACUGUCACAUUAAGGGAGGAAACACAUAGACAAGCCGUUCCUCUUCCUCUUAGCCGAACGCACCGUGUAUCAUUUCUUGUCAUUUAAGAAGCAUCUGUUUUUAUCGUAAUAAUCCUUUUAUUGCUUCCCUUCUUCUUCUUUUUUUUAAGAAAGUUGAGAAAAAAAAACGGAAUCUAGAUAAUCAGUAAAAUAUAAAGCAUGCGUCUUGCACACACCUAAGAACUAAGAAGACUGUGCUCAUCACCUGAUUUUAAGACUUUUAAAGCAAGACAUAUUAAUCGACUCGAUUUCAUGCGAGGGUUUUUAUUUGUACCCUUUGCUUAUUUUCUCUCUAAUUUAGUCCCAACCACUAGCCAACGCUCCCCUGUUAUAUAGCAGCUACGAAGCGAUUACGAUGACGGCUAAUGCUUUUGCUCCACAAAUCUCUGCAUCUAUUAUUUCCCCAAACUCUGCUGCUCAUGCUGCGUCACAGGGCAGCGUCACACCGUCUGAGGAAAGAGCCGUCCGUCAUCUUCCACGCCGUGAGCUCACAGACAGACGCCCAGCACUGGCUCAUGUGGAGAGAGAAAAUUGUUUGUUUGGGUUUUUUUUAGCCUUUAUACUUUACAACAAAAUAUACUUCACCUGUGGACUCGAUGAUCGAUCAACAGAAGGAACAAAGGAGGCAUCAAUAAGAGUUUUUGUGAAACAACCUGUAUAUAGAGGUGGAGCUUUCUUCCAGCUGGGGGUGGAGCUACAUGUAAAAACGAAGAAACUAGCCACACCCACUGCAUGGCAAUGUUACGAACCACAAUUUUAUUUUGGAACUGUUACAAGCUGCACCUUUGCUACGACGGACCGUCGACUCAAAUCAUAGUUCCUGCUUUAGAAGAUCGUGUUUGUUUUUUUGUCGUCGUCGUUUUUUUUGUUUUGUUUGUUUGUUUUUUUGUUUGUUUUUUUUUUUUUAAGGACGACUUGCGAGUAGAUAUUUAUUUAGCACAUAUGAUUUAGAACAAUCGGGGUCGAUGAAAGUAAUACUAGAGAUCACGCAGAAGGAUUUGGUCACUGACAUCAUAUUCGUUUGUUUAUACUGUACAUGUGUGUUAGCCUGAAAUUUCUCAGUGUAGUCUUAAUUAUUAGAGACUUGUGCAUGCAUGAGGUUUUAUUGCUCUUCUUUUUUUUUUUUUUCUCUUUCACUGAGCGCAUGAUCUUGUGUCUGUGGUUCACAACCGGCCCGAUCGGACAACGCGUGUAUGUAGAAGCAACCCCUUGUGUACGGCGACAGUCCGUGGACCUCCAGUUAAACACACUUUUUCCCAAGAGAGAGAGAAAGAGAGAGAGACUGCUGAACUCUUUUCUCACUGUACAGUCUGUGACACCGUCUUGCCAAACGUGCAGUACUUUUACUGUAUUUUACUCAUCGUGUGACACAAGACAGACAGUCGACCGAUCGUUGCUUGACGAGCGGUGUUUGUGGAGCGAAUCGCCAUAUUUUACACAAUUUUUUUUUUUUAUACAAAGGGGAAAAAAAAUAAAAGAAUAUGAGGUAAUUUUCUAAAGGAAUCAGGGUUAAAAGAAAGCUUCGGCCUGUUGUAAACUUCGAUUCUCUUUUGUAUCUGUAUUGAAUAUAGUUUGCUAACAGUUGUGUAUAUGUGCCUGUAAAUAUCACGAAGAAAAAAAAAACCCGACUCUGAGACGUUUCUCUGCUGAAGAGAAAUCAAGAGCCAAAAUAAUCACUACAGUGAAUGAAAUCACAGUUUGUAUGAGAAAAAAAAAUAAAGUUAUAAUUUUAACAGAGGAA